CACACACAGCUGCGCUCUCCAUCUGAGCGUCGGUAUCUUCCUGCGUCUCCAUCCAUCACCACCUUUGCUCUCCCUCUCUCUCUCUCUCUCUGUCUCUCUUCCCCUCCUCACCUGCACCUCUUUUCACUCCUCGCUCACACUCCUGGAGUUGGCCUCUCUGGGUGUGUGUGGGACAGAAGAGGGAGGGGAGACAACCCGGGACACGUUUCCUCAAAUUAUGUGGAGGCAGAAGAACUGAUCACUUCCACGCCGUCCCCCAAUUAACCUGCUUUUAUUCAUUUUUUUUACAAUUGCAAGACCUGGAAUGCUUAUCGUGGACUGAUGGAUGUUUCCGAACUGUGCAUCCCUGACCCACUCUGCUACCACAACCAGUUGUUAACCAGAAUGCCCGCUGAGGAGCGACACCUCACCAGCUGCGGCUCCUACGUCAAAACCGAACCCUCCAGCCCGUCAUCCUCGCUGGUGGACACUGGCAGCCACCACAGUCCCAGCGGCAACUCGGACGCCAGUGGUGGCUACAUCAACGGCAGCAGCGGGCGCCCGCACGCGCUGGACUCUCCACCCAUGUUCAACCCCGGGAUGCUGGGAGGAGGCGGGUCCUGCCUACGCCGCUAUGAAGACUGCUCCGGAGGAAUGGCCGACGAAUCGCCCAUCAAGUGCGAGUACAUGCUCAAUGCCAUUCCCAAGAGGCUGUGCCUGGUGUGCGGCGACAUCGCCUCCGGUUACCACUACGGGGUGGCCUCCUGUGAAGCCUGCAAAGCCUUUUUCAAAAGAACGAUACAAGGCAACAUUGAAUACAGCUGUCCAGCCACCAACGAAUGUGAGAUCACCAAACGGAGACGCAAGUCGUGCCAGGCCUGCCGCUUCAUGAAGUGUCUGAAAGUCGGCAUGUUGAAAGAAGGCGUUCGUCUGGACCGGGUAAGAGGAGGCAGGCAGAAGUACAAACGGAGGAUGGACACGGACAACAGCUCCUACCUCGGCCUCACCCUCCCCCCUCCUGCCAAAAAGCCUUUGACGAAGAUCGUGUCUCAUCUGCUGGUGGUGGAGCCGGAGAAGAUCUACGCCAUGCCCGACCCCACCAUGCCUGACGGGGACAUCAAGGCCCUGACCACGCUGUGCGACCUGGCCGACCGUGAGCUGGUGGUCAUCAUCGGCUGGGCCAAACACAUCCCAGGGUUUUCCACUCUCUCCCUGGCCGACCAGAUGAGUCUGCUGCAGAGCGCCUGGAUGGAGAUCCUGGUGCUGAGCAUCGUGUUCCGGUCGCUGUCCUGCGAGGACGAGAUCAUGUACGCCGAGGACUACGUGGUGGACGAGGAGCAGGCCAGGAUCUCGGGCCUGCUGGACCUCCACGUGGCCAUCCUGCCGCUGGUGCGACGCUACAAGAAGCUGCGCAUCGACAAGGAGGAGUUUGUCACGCUCAAAGCCAUCGCUCUGGCUAAUUCAGAUUCGAUGCACAUAGAGAACAUCGAGGCGGUCCAGAGGCUUCAGGAUUCUCUUCACGAGGCCCUGCAGGACUUUGAGGGCUCCCAGCACCCGGAGGACCCGCGGCGGGCGGGCAAGCUGCUCAUGACCCUCCCCCUGCUCCGUCAGACCGCCACCAAGGCCGUGCAGCAUUUCUACAGCAUCAAAAUGCAGGGCAAGGUCCCCAUGCACAAACUCUUCCUGGAGAUGCUGGAGGCCAAGGCUUGACAGGUGGGCCUGGCGUUUGACGGACAGCUGCAUCAGCCAAUGCGAGGCGUGGGACAGAGCAUUGGGAAAGAAGUGACGGCGAUGUGCCAAGUGACAGCGGAAGCUUGAUUUCUAGCACCUCUGAAGGUGUGUAGUUUUAAAGAGGCGAAUAUCAACCUGACGGGAUCACGAGGAUGUAAAUAAAUGUUGUGUACAGAGAUCAGGCAACUGUGGUCUCCUUAUAACCAGAGGCCCUUUGCUCUAUAUCACCUCAAGCGUCUGUUUCUUAAACUAUAUCCAUCCCCCUGUUCAUGUUGCCGUCGCUCUUCGUUUGUCUCCUGACCUUUUCUAAAUCAAAGCAAUAGUCGAUCACUGGUCUACCUGCUGUAUAAUGUGUGUUCUGUAUAUCGUGUGUGGACUUGCACUGGACCGGGGCCGUGUUCGUGUACAUCGAUCUCAUGAUAUAUUUACCUCCUGGUUGCUUCACCGACGCGGCGUUGAGGCUAACACGGUGCUUACAGACGAACUGAAAGGCGUUCGGUAACGGAGAUGUCAGCCUUGCUGUGUUUGGCGGCGAUCGGAAGCUAAAACAUUACGCGGCGAGAGAACUUGAAUAUGUGAACCAACGUGUUGGAUACAAGUUGUUGUAAUGUCAUUUAGCCGACACUUCCACCUCGGCAAAGGUGGCAUUCGAACCCAACAACCACCAGCUGCCAGAGAUUUAACUUAAGGAAUAAUCUCACUCCCAGUCCUGUCGGAAAAUAUUUUUGAUCUCAGCUUUCAUCUCUUUAAGGGAUCCAAAAUGGCUGACGUUUCUGUUUUAGCUUGCCGCUUGCAUCGGACUGGUGAUAUCUGCCAUCAUAAAAGCAGAACUCUAUUUAUACUUUACUAUGAAAUAUUGAACAUUUAAGUGAAAAAAAAGAGUUAAGUGACGCUUUAGACGUAGGCUAGUUUGUUAAAAUGUGUUGAGAUAAUAGAAGAAACAUUAGCCUUCUGGACGUCACGAAUGCUAACCUCAGUCAACCUCACUCCUCUUCUUCUGCUUUUUCUGAGGUAUGUAACAUCUAAAGUUGGAAAUUCUCCAAAUCUGCUGAACUCACACACUCAACCAUGCUAUGACUCCUCCUAUCUGACUCCUCCUCCAGAUCUUAUGGAGAGACGGAGUCAAACAGCAACUUGUGUCCAACAUGCUGCUCAGUCUCCAUCUGCUGUUUACAUGUUGAGUUCAGAAUAUUGCCUUAACUAGGUAAAUGAUGUGUACGUUAUACACUGGGGCCGACAUAUUUGAAGCUGCCCAAAUGUGUUUUGAGAAGCAAACCAAAGCAAAGUGUCCAGUUAAUUUAUUUACUUCAACGCUUCACCGCUGCUCUCUUUCUAUAUGUACUUAUUUAUGAUGUAAAACCUAAUUGUUUAUUUAUGAACGUCGGAGGAGAAGAAAGUGAAUUCCUCCUUGUGCAAUCUCUCUCCCAGCUUCUCGCGCUUGUCUUCACUCUGAGCUAAAAUUCUUCAUUCACUUCUCUGAAAGGUUUCCUCAACAGCCAAUUAAAUCCGUGUUGAAACCCUCUGUAGAAAUGGAGCAAUUAAACCCUGCGUUGCCGUCACCUCUGGGGCGGUUUAUUUUGGUAAAAAGUGGGCGGGGUUUGUGGAAAUCACUGGGCUAUGCAAGCUGAAGAAAUGUUCUUUUAUUUUUGUUCCGCCGUCCCCGAAGCUGCCGCGCUGCUGCCUCCGUCCCACAUGUAGGCGACUGGAGAAGUUAUUUUUGCUUUCUUUUUUUUUUUACUUCUUUGAUUGACACAGCAGGACGUAUAGCCAGUGAAGUAGUCUAGACCUUAUACCUCAAUUCAUAUUUUGAAAAUGACUCUGGGUUUGGAAGCGGGCCACGGGUUCCUCCUGGGAAUCGGUGGCACAGAAAUAAAGUGACAUCACUGACUGGGUAUUAAAAAAUGUAGAUGAAGCGACUGCAAUUGGGGGACACAUUCCUCGGAGGAGAACGCUGCUUAUUCGCUGUUCCAUUUGCGGACUUAUCUUAUCUCCGUGCUCUCUGAGAUGACAAGAUUUGCAUAAGGCAUGGAGGAACCUCCGCGGGCCGCCGUGUACAGAGGAGCCCGCUCGCCGUGUGUGUGUGUGUACCAUGGACAUGUGAUUACCCAGGAGGUUUACUCCGCUCAAAAGCAAUAUGUUAGCAAUUGUGAUAUAUGAAUCAAGUUAAAAGCGAGAUUUGGUUCAUUGUGAUUAUAAACUUCUUAGCUCGGCGGGAAGGACAGGGUAACUAUGCACACACUCUCUCACACACACACACACUCACACACACACUCACACACACACUUGACACGACAAAGGGAAUAAUGUGAAAAAAAAAUGUUUUGACUGGACAGUGUUGUGUAACAUUUCCUUGUGUUUUUUGUUUGUUGUGUUCAUGCCAAGUGUGCUCAUGUGUAAAUAUAUGCUUUUCUUUGGAGUGAGUCCAAUCUA